AUGAACACAGAAGAAAAAAUUAAUACAUCAAAUGAUCGUGAAGAUGACAAUAAUGAAUGUGUUAAGUUAAAGAAGAAAAUAGAAAAUGAAAAAGAUGAUAUAAAUAAUUUAAAAGAUGAUGAUGUUUACUUAUCAGCUGACAGUUCAAAUUCUUAUAGAUAUGAUAAUCACUCCAAAAAAACAAGUAUUAAGGAAAAUAUAAAAGAAAUAAGCACAAGUAGGACUCAAUCAAAAAAAGAAAAAGAUAAUAAUAAAGAUAAAUAUAAUGAUAAGAAGCGUAAUAAAUAUAGAAGUUCAUCUAGUAGUAAAGAAAAAUGUGAAAAAUAUUGCAAGAAAGAUAAAUAUGAUAAGCAUAAUAAAUAUGAAAAAAAUGAUAAAUAUGAUAAGCAUAAUAAAUAUGAAAAGAAUGAUAAAUAUGAUAAGAAUGAUAAGCAUAAUAAAUAUGAAAAAAAUGAUAAAUAUGAUAAGCAUAAUAAAUAUGAAAAGAAUGAUAAAUAUGAUAAGAAUGAUAAGCAUAAUAAAUAUGAAAAGGAUGAUAAAUAUGAUAAGAAUGAUAAAUAUGAAAAGAAUGAUAAAUAUGAUAAGCAUAAAAAAUAUGAAAAGAAUGAUAAAUAUGAAAAGAAUGAUAAAUAUGAAAAGAAUGAUAAACAUAAUAAGCAUGAUAAAUAUGAAAAGUAUCAUAAAUAUAAUAAGCAUGAUAAAUAUAAUAAGCAUGAUAAAUAUGAUAAACAAAUGAAUAAAAUCAAUAUUCUUAAGAACUUCAGUGAACAUACAAGAACUAGUAAAGCUAAUUCACAUUACGAUAGUAAGAGAAAAUCCAGACAUAUUUCAAGUGAAGAUGAAGAAAUGAAACACCAUAAACAUGUGGAUCAUAAUGCUAGAAAAAAAAGUAAAUCAUACAAAAUAUUAGAAGAUAAAUAUUCUUCAGAUGUAGAAAAUGAGAAAAAUGUUGUCGAAGAAAAAUAUAAAAAUAAAACUAAAAAUACAUAUGAAAUAAGUAAUAAAAAUGGUAGUAAUAUAAGUGAAAAGAAAUAUGAAAAAGAUAAACCUCGUAUUUCUCUUCAUCACAAUAAGGAUAAAUAUGACAAAUAUGAUAAGUAUGAGAAACAAAAUCAUAAUAUUAGGUAUAAUGAACAAGAUAUUAAAAGAAAAUCAACAAAACAUUAUGAGAAGGAAAAUAGAUAUAAUACACACAAAGGAAAAAACAAAAAUGAAAAGGAUGAAGAGCAAUCUGAAGAAGAAAAAGAAAAAAAAAGUGUUCAGAAAAAAGAAACGCAAAAUUUUAAUCCAUCUGGUUUAUUAGCUCAAGAAAAGAUAUAUAAAAAUGGAAUUGAAUUGAAAUAUACAGAAAGCAUAGAUGCUGAAAAGCCAGAUAAGAAAUGGAGACUUUAUAUGUUUAAGGAUUCUAAUAACAAUGAGCCUCAAAAAAUAUUACACAUACAUGACAAGUCGUAUUACUUAAUCGGAAAAGAACAGCUAGCUGUAGAUAUACAACUAAAUAAUAUUAGUAUAUCUAAGCAACAUGCUGUCAUUCAAUUUAAAAAACAUGAAAGUAAAAUUUUACCAUUUCUUCUUGAUCUUAAUAGUACCAAUGGUACUUAUAUAAAUAAUGAAAAAAUUGAACCAAAUAAAUAUUACGAACUCAGAGAAACUGAUAUAAUCAGGUUUGGAAGUUCCAACCGUGAAUUUGUUUUACUACAUGAUACUUGCCAAGCUGAGUAA